UUGGUGUGGAAUGGUGUUCCAUGUUACAGCGCUUUCCUGGACUUUUCGUGCCAAAAUCGUUUAAAUCCAGAGGAAGCCAUCCUAUGAGCCGUGGAUGUGGACAACACCAUAGCAUCGCCUUCGAGAUUAAUAUUUGUUACUGUGAGGAAGCCACUGCAGCCUGAUUAGGUGUCUAUCAAUGUUUCUUUAAUUAAGAUCAUAAUGCUUUGAAUUAAGCUCCAACUAAAAGAAACCACCAUUGGAAACGCUGUAUUUAAAUAGGGGUUGACACGCUUUACAAACAAGUUUCUUUAGUUGUGGCCUCCGAGAUUGACAACGGUGCGGCCUUUUAAAUCUUGGACGCCAGCCGCAAGCCCAGAAAGCUAGCAUGCUCGCAUGAUUUUAAAUCGCGGCGGGCCAGCAGUCGCCGCUCGCUCUUGCCUGUUCACUAUCUCACGGGUUGGUGUGUUUUCUUCAUUCGCGUGCGCACGCAAUGGAAAAUCCGUGCGUUCAAAUCUCGCCCAUUGCGAUAACAGGCACCGUGACAGUCGAGCACCUACAAAACAACGGCACACCGGCUCGCAGGGCGACGCAUCAGAACGCCGAGGCGGCUCUCUACAGAAACGAAUUUCGGGACAUUUUACUCAGGGCGCGCUUGGGACCGCGCUCAGUGGUGUAUUCUCUGCAGAAUGCCGUGGUACACAAGAAGUUUUUACGGGAAGGGAAGAUAUCGGUCGCCCUCAAGGAUGAAAAAGUGCACCUCUAUUUCUCGAACUGCCCACCCAGCAAACUUUGCACGUUCGUCAAGUUUCUGGACGCGAAGAAAGCGACGCAAGGACCCAUCGCUACUGUUCGCGAACGGUUGAAGUCGAGCAAGCAGAGAGUGAUUGAGGAGAUAAGUCCGUUAAUGCUUCGCGACGCUAACGCAACCCAGUCUCAGGGUGUGAAGAGGCCCCUCUCAAAAGACAACCAAACUACACCGACGGGAAAGAAGAGCCGACCGAUGGCACCUGGCGAUGUCAAGCCUGGGAGGAGCCUGAAUCCUGUACAGUUGACCUUGGAGCAAAAGACUGUUCUUAGUGCCGUCUUGGCUGGCCGCAGUGUGUUCUUCACUGGUGGUGCAGGCACGGGGAAGUCUUAUCUCUUGAGGCACAUCUUGUCAUCGCUGCCCCCACAAGAUGCAUUUGCCACGGCUACGACUGGCAUUGCGGCUGCUCAGAUUGGUGGCACUACGCUGCAUUCAUUUGCCGGUGUUGGAACAGGCACGGCCACGGUGGAAGCGAUGAUGCAACGAGCUAUGCGACCACCGUGGGUCAACCAGUGGCGCCGUUGCAAGGUGCUGGUGGUGGACGAGGUGUCCAUGCUGGACGGACGUUUCUUCCACAAGCUCGAGCGGGUGGCCCGGUUGGUGCGCCGCAGUGACCGUCCCUUUGGUGGCAUCCAGCUGGUCCUCUGUGGUGAUUUCCUGCAGCUCCCACCAGUCUCUCGGAAGGAGGAACCGGCACCAGUCUACUGUUUUCAGACAUCCGCUUGGCGCCAGUGCGUCCAUGUCACACUGGAGCUGAAGCAGGUGCACAGGCAGAGUGAUCCCAGGUUCAUCUCUUUGCUGCAGCAAGUGAGGGUAGGCUCCUGCCCUGACUGGGUCGAGGAAGUGCUCAAGAAGACAGCCAGCCGCUGUCUUGAAACAGGUGACAUAGUGGCAACUCGGCUGAGCACGCACACAGAUGAUGUGGACUUCAUGAAUCAAAGGUGCUUUGAUCAGCUGCCGAGCUCGCCACGCAUAUUCAAAGCCAUUGACUCUGAAGGUUCCUCAGCAGACUUGCUUGAAGCCUGUGCGCCUUCCACUCUAAGCCUCAAAGUGGGCACACAGGUCAUGCUGACCAAAAACACUCAAGUGAGAGCUGGCCUUGCGAAUGGCUCACGUGGGGUCAUCGUGGGAUUUGACUCGGCGUCUGGAGACCCCAUUGUCCAGUUUGUAAACUCGUGCAAGCAAACCAUCACCAAGGAGCGCUGGGCCAUCCGGACAGGCCCAGAGGGUAGGUGCCAUGUGCGACGACAGCUCCCGCUGCGCCAUGCUUGGGCCAUGUCCAUUCAUAAGUCUCAGGGCCUGACGCUUGACUUUGCUGAGCUGACACUAGGUCGUGUCUUUGAGGCGGGUCAAGCUUAUGUCGCUCUCUCGAGGGUGGCCACGCUGGAAGGGUUGAGGGUUCUAGACUUCAGGAAAGACUGUGUCCGGGCUGAUCCUCGCGUGCUUUCUUUCUAUCGAGACCUUGGUGCUUGCUGAUAUUUUUAAAAAGCUUGUGGGUGAAAAGUGGUGUUGGGCCAGGUACUGGAAAUUAGCAUUAUUGUUGCCUGAGCUACCGAAUGUGUUGUCUCCACUUCAGGAAUUUUUGAUGAAAGUCGGAAAUAUUUGGUAGUUUUUAUUGUAGUGUGCUGUACAUGUGCCAGACAUGCCAUAUCUUAGUCAUUGCACACUUCUUGACCUUCUGUCUCGCCAUCCUUCAUCAUCAGUCAUAAAGAACUGGUCAGACUCUUAGCUAAACAUGCAGUUUUCAGCCAAAAGGAGCAGCAACUGAAAGUUCACUCUAGUAAACAUGGGAAAGUUCCACAUUUGGUAGGCCAUCUCAUUUUUGUAUAACUCAUCUCAGUCUGAGGAAGUAACAAUGUAUGUAGCUUGCUAUAGUAGUACGUUUCAUUUCUACUGUGUUUGUGUCACUAUACCAAAUCUUGCCUCACUUUUGUGUUCUUUGUUCGCCGUUUAUACUAUUUAUUAUUAUUCAUGAACGAAUAAGAACAAAUUAUGAAUAUGCCUUGCUCCAAGGCCUUGUCCAUUUCACUCAGAAUGAAAUGCCUAUCUGUGAUGUCUGAAUGUUACAUCAGUAAGUGAGGGUAGAUAUUGUCCUGACCUUCAGCUUUGAAACAGCCAGGCCUGCAAGGCAUUUGCAUGCAAGUUGUAAGAGGCAUCCUCAUAACCAGACUGCGUGAUGUUAAAGAUUAAACCAGUUUGGUCACAGCCGAUAAUGGUGGAGUGGUCACAAUGGUUAGUUUGUAAAAGUACAUUGGACUGUUUUCUUAUUAAACAAUUUGCUGUUUGUUAAUUUUGAAAAGCUGUUUCAAAGCAACUGUCGAUGAAACAGUUAUGACCCACUUGUAUUCCCUUUUUGACCCAGUUGUGUUCAUUUUUGGGUGUAAACUGAAAGCCUUGCUGUUGGCACAAGGUCGUUUUAAUCUGCAUCAAAGAAUCGGGAAGGCCGGACAUGAAAAGUAUGCUAGAAGUAUACUCUGCACUCUGGAGGCAUCAGCAUGAGCUCUGUUUCUGUUUUUAUUAUUAUUAUUAUUAUUGUGGUGUAUAAAAGGGAGGUUAAUUUUUCACAUGAGAACCAUCAAUUUGUUAAACGCUUUUAUUAUAACUUUUUACAUGAGGUGAGAUCUCUGUGAUGGUGAACAUUGUCAAAAAAUGGCUCUGCGAAUGUGGGCAUGCACGUGACCUUGUGUUGUUGGGUAUUUAUUUGUAGAAGGAAGUACGUUGGGCUGAUAGAUCAUGUAGUCAUGCAUCUUUCAGUUUCCUAAAUGAUCUGAUUUGUUCUAAAAAAUAAUUUUGUACUGUCAUGAUGACGAGUUCCUUAGCUCAUGCCCUUAUUGUGAUUUUAGCUGAAGGGUGCUAACUGAAUAUUUCCUCUCGUGUGAUUUUAGGCAGCUAGUUUCAUCCUGAGCAGAUUGUUUCUAAAUAAAGAUGUGCUUCAAUGCUAUUUGAGAGUUUUCCCAUUUUUUUAGGCUACACUUGGGAUACUGAACAACUUGUGGACUGUUACAUUGCUCUGUCUAGGUUGGCAUAUACACUGCAUGUUUAAUAAGGGUUUUACAGGGUGCAUUUUCGAAAAACUUGGUGCCAAAUUUUUCAAUCGCCAUCGGCUUCUUAGCAAGAAAUUUCUGUUAAGAAAUUCGGUCCCAAUUGGGCUUGAUCAUGAUCAAGAACACACCGUGUGGACACCCGUAUGUAUGAGAUAAAGUUGACUUACUAUUGUUC